CUCCAGUCCCCAGAAUCCUUUGCAAAGAGUGUCCAGGAGCUGACGAUAGUUCUACAGAGAACAGGAGACCCAGCCAAUCUGAACAGCCUCAGACCACACCUGGAACUACUGGCCAACAUCGACCACAGCCCAGAUGCAGCGGCGGCUCCGUGUUGGGAGGAGCUGGAGAGUGUGAUGCUGGCGGUGAAGGUGGUCGUUCAUGGUCUGGUUGAGUUUAUACACAACUUCAGUAGGAAGAGCCAUGAGACAGCACAGCCGCAGCCUAACAGUAAAUAUAAGACCAGUAUCUGUCGAGACCUCCGGCAGCAGGGUGGCUGUCCCCGAGGAUCCAACUGCACCUUCGCACACACACAGGACGAGCUAGAGAAGAACAGAAUGAGAAACAAGAAGAUCAGUGGCGUGGGCCGGCCCUUCCUCCUGGCCCAGGGGAGUAUGGGUAGUGCUCUGAGUAUGGAGGGGGGCGACUCAGGAGAGGAGGCCUGCACUGGGGGCCUGAAGAGCUCAGACAGUGGGGGGUCAGGGUCCCUAAAGGAGGGGGCCACACCCUCCCAGCUCAUGCCCAGGGGAGAGGAUAUGAUGGAGGAGAUGAAGAGGGAGAGGUCUGUACUUAACGGAUCCACAGGCUCCAGCCGAUCCUCAUCUGGCUCUAUGGAACAGAAGUCUAUUUCUCCUCCAAAGACACCAGACAAUUCCUCCUCAGCUCCUUCUCCCUAUGGCCCAGGGUCUAGACUAGAGUGUGACUCUGCACACCCCAAACAGGCCCAGUACCUAAUGAUAAGACCCCUUCCUCAGCCCCCUCCCCACCAACCUCAGUCCUCUGAACUGUGUUACCAGGACCCCCAACCUCCCUACGACGUGCAGCCCUACCAGCCAGCCAGUAACUACUACCCCUCUGCGAUACACCACCACAAACCCUGCGUGGCUCGCUUCCUCCGUUCCAGCCAUGUCCCAGAGUCCUCUCUGCCUCCCUCCAUGUCCCCUCUGUACUCAGAGCAGUACCCCUCCUUGCCCCCACCACGGGAGCACACUGGUCCCUCUCCCUACGGUCCCUCAUCGGUCCCCCAGUACGGGCCCCUGGCCCCAGCCCACGGUGGCUACGCUCCCCUGUAUGACAGCCGGCACAUGUGGAGGCCCCAGCUGUACCACCGAGAGGACGCCAGGAGUAACUCGCUGCCUCCCGAGGUGCUGCACUCCUCUGUGUACCAGCCCCCCCUUCGAGAGAGAUACGCCUCCCUGGACAGCCCCUACUGCUCAGCGGGGGAGCACAGAGCAGCACUGCACAGGAACUCUUAUGGGCGUUUUCCUCUUGGAUGCGAGGAUCUGUUCAGGCGGAAACAGGAGCAGUGGGCACACCAUCACCACGGCAACGUGAACAGGCCCUCCCAGUCCUCCCCCGUCUUCACCGUAGACUUUGGUGCAGAGCAUGAUGACGGUGGUGGUGGUCAGUGUAUGAACUGUAAGUUCCGUGGAGAGGAGAAUCUGUCCCACUACUCUCCCUGGUCCUGUGGAACCAUCAGUACCUGCAUCAGCCCCUUUGAACCAGAGUAUCACAAGGCCUCAGCUCACUCCCGCUCCGAAAACUUAGAAGUAGACAAAGGUGAAAGGACGCGGUGGCUACACACGUUUGAGCCCUACCGCCGUCUGAAAGACGAGGACCCCAGCAUACCGUUUGAGACCUACCGCCGUCUGAAAGACGAGGACCCCAGCAUACCGUUUGAAACCUACCGCCGUCUGAAAGACGAGGACCCCAGCAUACCGUUUGAGCCCUACCGCCGUCUGAAAGACGAGGACCCCAGCAUACCGUUUGAGCCCUACCGCCGUCUGAAAGACGAGGACCCCAGCAUACCGUUUGAAACCUACCGCCGUCUGAAAGACGAGGACCCCAGCAUACCGUUUGAAACCUACCGCCGUCUGAAAGACGAGGACCCCAGCAUACCGUUUGAGCCCUACCGCCGUCUGAAAGACGAGGACCCCAGCAUACCAUUUGAUCCCUACUGCCGUCUGAAAGACGAGGACCCCAGCAUACCGUUUGAAACCUACCGCCAUCUGAAAGACGAGGACCCCAGCAUACCGUUUGAAACCUACCGCCGUCUGAAAGACGAGGACCCCAGCAUACCAUUUGAAACCUACCGCCGUCUGAAAGACGAGGACCCCAGCAUACCGUUUGAGCCCUACCGCCGUCUCAAAGACGAGGACCCCAGCAUACCGUUUGGAGAGGGGCCCAUCAUACCGUUUGGAGAAGGGCCUAUCAUCUCCAAAUGGGGGGUGAUAUCCCGCGCCUCCCGUACAGGAUACCACACCACCGACCCGGUCCAGGCCACAGCCUGCCAGGGAAGCAACAGCACCAUCCCCAUCAACUUCAGAGAUUAUGGUCCACACAUCGGCCAUGGGGACUACAGGUGGAGCUCCGGGGGGUCUGACUCUUCCAGCCACUCCAGUUUCCUAGAGGGUGAACAGCUAGCCGCCCUUCGGCGGUCCUUCAGCAGUGGAGAGAAGGUUGGUGCAGGAGACAUGCUGCAGACUGACUACUGUAAAGACACGACAGAGCAUCAACUGGACAGAGACGUAGAACUGGAGCUGUCUGUACUAGAUGUAGAGGACCCUGUCCUGCAGGACAACCGUCAACAGUCUGAGAAGCCCCUGGAGCUGAGAGAGCCCCACCUCCUCACCCCUCCCAGCAGUGAACCCAUGAGGACACAGACAGACAAGCUGUCAGCAGACAAGAUGGAAGCUCAACUACUGAAGAAGAUGGCCUUCAGGAGGUCUCUCUCCCCUGUAGGUCUGGGCUCAGGAGGCCUCAGCGUGGGGAAGCUGAUGAUGAGGACCGGCCCUCUGAGACUGGGGGACAUGGGCCCUUGCCCUAACACAGGCCCUGAGAUGCUGCUCAACGGGAACUGAGAGGGCAAACACACCUCACCGCCACGCCUGGGGGUGCCGAAGGUGGUCCCGAAGCGGUGGCCCCGAGCAUUGGUACCGGCCCAGCGCUACACAGCUCCUACACCUGCUGUCACAGUAACAUCUUAGGGUUGUAUAGGCCUGUAUCAUCAGACAGCGAUAAGGUCUCACCCCACUAAUAUCACCAGUCUGAGGGCAUAUUAUAUACAGUAUGCUACUUUAGACCACAGGUAGUGUUGUUUCAAACAUGACAAAGAGAGAUGUAUAGUUCACACACACACACACACACACACACACACACACACACACACACACACACACACACACACACACACACACACACACACACACACACACACACACACACACACACACACACACACACACACACACACACACACACACACACACACACACACACACACACCAGUAGCCUCCGUCGCAUUUACUCUUUUCUCAUCUCGGCAGGGUCUUUUUUUGAUCAAGUGUUUGUUUGGGUGUGCUGCUCGCUCUCCACUUCCUAUAAUGAUGGUGAUGAUGGUGUUUAUCAUGGUUCACAUGGCAUCCAAUAGUUUUCUUUUUGUUAGUUCUACAAUGUUUCCAAGGUAACAAAGGUGUUCAGCACUGUUGUGUGGGUGUAUGCGAUCAGCAUCUGUUGACAUUGAGCUGAUGACAAUAACAGCACAUUACUAUGCAUUUGUAGUCAUAGGAAGGAUAUUUGCCUCUCGAAAAAUUCAAAGUCUUUACUUUGAAAAAAAAUAGCGCUAAUUGAACAGGGCUUGUAGGUCUUAAAAGAGGACGAUGAACAGGAAGAGAUGGAGGAUACCAACACUAGAUGUUUCUCUAGUCCAACUCCCGUCUACUUUAGACAUUGUAGAAGCCUAUCAAAGGUUCCUAAGGCUUGGCCGUGUUAUCCUGUGUGACGUGUCAUUUGUUGGUCUCAAGCAUUUCAUAGAUGAGAUUCAAGACGAUGACGAUCAAUCAGAUGUCACUGCACUCACGUGUAUGCACAACUGUGGCCUUUUUUAUGUUGGUAAAAUAUCUCUUCAUAUUUAGUCUCCACCAUGGGGCUAAUACGUUAGAAACACCAAAUAGUAAAACAUGUAUCAACAAUCCUUGAUAUAUUCAACAGAUUUCAGUAUUCAGUGGUUCUGGCACCAUCAUGUAUUGCCAUCCUCUGUGCAACUGCAGCCAGGGAUUGAAUUAUAGUGAUCUGCUGUGAUGAAAUGAUACGUCAUACUUACAGAUAUGUGUACACUGUAAUCACAUCACAUAUACUCACAAUGUAAACUGGUUGUUGCAGCUCUUUUUGGUUCUGUGCAUCAAACUCAUAACCUGCGUUUACUAUGACAGAUUGUCAACAAACCACCAGGUGAUCAUUGUGUUCCCUCAUGCUGUCUUUGUUUAGUUGUAUCCCUGUUCAAACUUUUCACUAAUGUUUUGUUCUUUUCUUUGAAGCAUUGCUAACUUCCGUGAAGUUGUUUGUCAAAAUAUUUUGUAUCGGGAUCUCUGUUUUGUUUCGUUGUUGGUCGUAAUUUUUGGGAAGAAAUGAAACCGAUCCAUCAGUCUGUCUCUAUAUUCAUGUUUCGAGCAGUCUUUUCACUGCUGGUUAACGGUCUAACGAAUACAGUCCAUCAUCAUUAUGUGAUCGCUACAGAGGGUCAUGCAUUGUCCUAAAAGGGUCAGUGUUAUUUUACUGCAGUUUUGUGCACUGAAUGUUCUGUUUGCUGUCUUCUCCUGCCUGUGGGGGUGAAGAGAUUCGGGUGACGCUAUGUGUUAACUUGCAGCACUUAGAUAAACUCUCCUAUUUAUAAUAGGGUUUAUUUUGUUACGGUCUGAAAGGAAGCAGACAGGCUAAGUGAGACAACUUGACCAGUGAUUGAUCAUUCUUAAGGACUGCCCCAUACAUAUAUAGACAUACAGUAUAUCUAUUAGUAUAUCUAUUAGCAUUACUGACAGGCUACUGUAUUUCUGUUGCUCUUCUGUUCCUGUUUCAGACUUUGACUUAAGAAAUUGUCUUAGUGUCAUAUUGUGUACAAUCAAUCAGCGGAGUCCAUUGUUGUCUAAUGGUGGACAGGGCCCUUUAGGGGAUAGGGGCCUUUGGGUAUAAGAUGUGGGCAGGACCAGGGGGUCUAUUAAGGUUUAGAACCUGGUCAAGUUCAAGGGUAGUGUUGUGAUUCUAGACCAAUCUAUCUGGCUCCUGUAGUUUAGGUUUGUUCCAGCAGGGAGUGCUAGAGCCUAGUCUCUGUAGGCCAUAGUGCUAGAGCCUAGUCUCUGCAGCCCUUAGUGAUAGAGCCUAGUCUCUGUAGCCCACAGUGAUAGAGCCUAGUUUCUGCAGCCCUUAGUGAUGGAGGAUUUAUGUUGCUAAGCUACUGAUAAAGGGUUUACUCAUUACGCUGAUUCUGUUGAAGGAAGCAAAUGGAACCAAACGAGGAGGGACAUACCUGAAUUUGUACAACAUAAACUCUCAUUUUAGUUGCAAAACGCAAUAUUUUGCAACUGUUUGGCUAAUGAGUACACCCCUGAACACAUCUUCAGCACUGAAUAUUAUGGGUCAUGAGCGCAAAUAUUUACAUUAAUGAAUAUACUUUAAUGUAACUUUUCACCACAUACAUGUGCUAAGGAGGGAUUUAUAAUUUGCUAUAAUGUGUUUAUGUUUAGAUUCAAUACCAAUAGUAUUACCCAGUUGGGAAGGGAAUGGGCACAUUUAAGAACAGGGAGUUAUGUUGGUAGAGUUCCCAGAGUGUUCCAGUGCCUGUGUAAUGAUCUGAUCGCACUGCACUUCCCACGUCAUCAUUGCAAGGUGCUCUUACUACCCACUAUCCAGCCAGUGCCCCCAGGUCAUGCAUGCUAGUCCCUCUUGUUGUCAUGGCGAAGGAGGAAGUACAUGAUUCUGUAGUUGUGAUACAACACACCCAGCCCUGUAAGUGUUCUGCACAUGCCCACUGUGUGGCCACGCCAAGUAUUUUAGCCUGCCUGCAGCAUUUGACUGUUUACUGCUUCUGAAAUGCUUUAUUAUUGACAACGAUCAAUGUAUUAUAACUUACUACCAUCAUUGGUUGAGUUGUAGUACUUCACUCUGGAUAAGUCAAGUCUGCUUCUUCAGUUGAAUUUUGAACAUUUUCUGAAUAGUCAAAGUUAGCCGAGGAUGGUCUUGUAAGGUGAAAACAUUUGCCUGUUUGUCAAUUGUACAACUAUGACAGAACUGAUGUUUGAAUAUUUAUGUCUGUAUUAGACAUUUUCUUAGCAAAUCUAUUGUUCGAUUGAAAUGUAAAUGAAAUACAAGAUGGUGCACACAUCCAUCAUUAUUGUACACGUCUGGCACCAUCGUUAGAUGGACUAACUGCUUGUUUAUACAACAAAAUGUCAUCAGAUAUUUAAAUAAAUACUGAUAUAGAGGCACAAAUAAAGGUUUCAGAAUGAUGAAACUGGCUGAGACAGCAUAUAAAAAGUCUAAAUGAAUAAUAUGUAUUCCAUUUAUUUCAUUUGAAAUAUCACUUUGUGAAAGGUUUCCCUGCAUUGCAAGGCAAUAUCCUGAACCAUAUUCUUAGUUUGAAGUAUUGAUUGUGUUCAGAUGUGACCAGCCAACUGCCUGACCUGUUGGUUGUCUUUGUGUGCUAUUUGCUCCCGCACUGACAGCUUAGCCAAGCAGAAUACUCCGAUACUUUUUUGAUGGACCAGGCAGACCUGUGAAAUCAGAGUGAGAUGUCAGUACCUGAAACGUUGCUUGCUACAAUAAAUGAAAAACAAACACAAAA